AUGUCAGCUUUCAACUGUUCAUUUGAUUUAAUAACUGAAAACGAAGAGUGGCUUUGUCCUAAAGGAGAAGCGUGCACCAAUAUUACUCAUGCCGUGAAUGGGACCUUUCAUAAUCUCACACAUCUGACAGAGGAGGGGUACCUGGAAAAAUAUCUGGGUCCUCGUCGAUCACCUGUGUUCCUCCCCAUCUGCCUGAUGUAUCUGAUCAUCUUCCUGGUAGGCGUUGUGGGGAAUGUGCUGACGUGCACCGUCAUUGCACGCAACAAAGUCAUGUGGACACCAACAAACUACUACUUGUUCAGCUUGGCCGUGUCAGACCUGUUAGUGCUACUACUUGGCAUGCCAUUAGAGCUGUAUGAGCUGUGGCAGAACUACCCCUUUCUUCUGGGAACGGCAGGUUGCUACUUUAAGACCUUCUUAUUUGAGACGGUCUGCUUGGCAUCCAUCCUAAACGUGACGGCACUGAGCAUAGAGCGUUACAUCGCCGUGGUCCACCCGCUGCGAGCAAAGUAUUAUGUGACACGUACUCAUGCUAAGAGAGUCAUUCUCACUGUGUGGGGUGUAUCAGUUUUGUGUGCUGUGCCCAAUACAAGCCUGCAUGGGAUUGUCUUCUUGCACAGUUGUUCCACAGACCCUGCUGGAACCAUAAAUGUGGAGAUUCCCGACUCAGCCAUGUGCACAUUAGUGAAACCACGAUGGAUGUACAACCUGACAAUCCAGAUGACCACCUUGCUGUUUUUUAUUCUGCCCAUGCUCACAAUCAGUGUUCUUUACAUGCUCAUUGGGCUGCAGCUAAAGCGUGAAAAGAUGCACCAGGAACUGGAGCCAAAAUGUGGUUUCGGACAAGAUAGCUGCUGUAACAUCCGCACACAGCAGCAGAAGGCACGUCGCCGGCAAGUCACUAAAAUGUUGUUUGUCUUGGUUGUGGUUUUUGGAAUCUGCUGGGCUCCAUUUCACACUGACCGGCUAAUGUGGAGUUUCAUCAGUGACUGGACUGACACCCACUUGGAAAUCUUCCAGUAUGUGCACAUCACCUCCGGAGUGUUUUUCUAUCUCAGCUCAGCAGUCAACCCGAUCUUGUACAACCUCAUGUCAACACGCUUUAGAGAAAUGUUCAAGGAGGUCAUGUGCCAUCGGCCACAUCCCAUCACUCCCAGAAAACAUUCGCUCAGUGUCACCCGGGUGACGCUCCGCAGUACCCUGAGUGACGCGGCGCUCAGCAACGGAGCUGCUGUUGUUGAGGCAGAAGACGAAGAAGUGAGAAUGAAAUAUGAGACCAGUUUUUCUUGUUAAAAACAAACAAACACAUUUUAUGACAUGUUAUGGGGGACACAUUAAGAGAGACUUGCUUGUUCUGAGCCAGUGCAUCCAUCA